UCAAUCAGUCAGUUCAGUAUCAGUGUUCGGUUAUCGAAAGACAUUAUUUCACUUCCCAAUAUGAAAGCAUUCGUGUUCGUAUCGUGCUUUGUUGCCUUAGCUAUUGCUCGGCCAGAAGCUGGAUAUUCGUACCAGCCUCCAGCUCCUCCGGCACCAGCGCCGUCAUACGGUGCACCGGCUCCACCUAGUUACAGUGAUAGUAGUGUAGUUGGUGCUAGUUAUAGUGUUGGUGGAGAACAAAGCUAUUCAAGUGGCGGUGCAUUUGAUUCAGGAUCACAAUAUGUUGAUACCGGUGCAAACUAUAAUAGUGGAUCCUCGUCAUACAGCAGCGGAUCAGCGUUCAGCAGUGGAUCGUCGUUCGGAGGCGGUGCAUCUUUCGAUACCGGAUUCGGUGGUGGUGCAGCCGCUGGCGGUGCAACUACUGUUGUCCAAAAACACAUCUACGUUCAUGUACCACCCCCAGAGCCAGAACAACAAAACGGUCAUAAUGGUGGAGCCGGCGGCGUUGUAAACCAGAAACAUUACAAAAUCAUUUUCAUCAAGGCUCCAUCAGCCCCAUCAUACUCUGCCGCGCAACUUGCUGCUCAACAGGCCGCCAACCAGGAAAAAACCAUUGUCUACGUUUUGGUCAAGAAACCCGAAGAACACACUGAUGCUGCUGGAAAUGCUGUUGCUGGUCCACCAGUUGUGCCAAGCAAACCCGAAGUUUACUUCAUCAAGUACAAGACCCAAGGUGCUGGAUCAGCCGGUGCAUCAAGCGGUGGACAAAUUAGCGGUGGAAGCGGCAUUGUCGGCGGAUCUCAUGAUGCAGUCAGUGGUGUUUCAUUCGAACACAGUUCAUCGCAUGCCCAUGGUCAACCACAUCAAGCUUAUGGUCCACCACACUAAAUUGUGAUAACAAUUGAUGACUCUUGACUGCCUUGUUUUCUCUUGCCGAUUGCACUUCGGGCAGAGCUUUUUGUAUAUAAAUAUUUCUCUUAUUUAAGUAGACUAAAUAUUUGAUUUACUUUUAAUAACGAUUUUAUAAAAAAGAAAAAAAAUUAUUAAAAAAUUACUUCGGUGACAAAAAAAA